AUGGAGCACGACAGUGGGAUGAAGCUGAGGCACAAUCUAGAAGCCCAAGAAGCCCUCAUAUCGAAAAUAUGCCGCAUUGCCGGCGCUCCAGGGCUCUCAAUCAGUGUCCUUCACCGCGGGACUGAAGUCUACUCCCACCACGUUGGACAUGCCAGCGUGAAAGAUGGAAAGCUCCCAGAUGGAGACACAAUUUACUUUAUUGGAUCAAUGACGAAAGCGAUGGUCUCGGCUCUGGUAGGCAUCUUGGUACAAGAUGGAACUCUCGACUGGAAGGCGCCAGUAUCUCACAUCUUGCCAGAGCUAGCCCACGCAUUUGACGGCAGAGGAAGUGAAAUCACUCUGGUUGAUCUAAUGUCCCAUAGAAUCGGCAUGGCUCAAGCGGAUGCCCUUUGGUUGCAGUGUGCCGGCAACAUCCUCCUGUCCAAGUCCGAGGCGCUCGAUGCAUGGAUCUCUCAGCCAACAGUCCGAGCUUUCCGCGCCGACUUUCUCUAUUCCAAUUUUGCAUUCGAGACGGUUGGGCGAAUUAUCGAAGAGUCAACUGGCAAAAUUCUCGGCGCUAAUCUCCAAGAAAAGAUCUUUGGACCGCUAGGCAUGACGCGCACUUCUCUUAAUGACGAAUUUUCAAAAGAUCCCAACGCAGCCAAGGCUUACUUUCCUCUCAAAGACGGCACACCAGUCGAGGUUCCUGUUCCCACCAUCUCCGACAAGACUAUCAUGGCUGCCUCGGGAGGAGUGCGCAGUUGUACGAAUGAUCUUGCGCGCUUCUACAAAAAUCUAAUGCAUGCCGCAAAUGACCAGUUCAACCACCAGCGUACGAGCACGCCCGGCUCGCCCUUUAAGCAGCUGUCUACAAUCUGGAGUCCGCAUAAUCAGCUUCCCGUGCACUCCAUGCGCGAAACAUCCUACGCACUAGCAUGGGCUCGCACACAACUCCCAUCACCUCUUGGGUCCUUCAACUAUAACAAGCAUCUUGUCCCCGCUAUGCCUGUGAUUGGCCGUGGGCUCCCGUCUCGACUGGUGGUUUAUCACGGAGGAAGCAUGCAGGGAUUCACGUCGGCCGUGUACCUGCUUCCCGAGACCGAGACGGCUGUAUUUGCGUUGCAGAAUUCAUCCGCCCUGUGUGAUGCCUGCGACUGGGUGCCGCAGAUGCUGGUGCAAACUAUCCUCUCGGGAUUGCCACAGUGCGAUAUUGAUUUUGUGCAGCUGGCGACAGUAUCGGCGGCUAGAGGUGUAAAGCUCGCUGAUGAGGUUGAGGAGGAGCUACAGCGAUCGCGGGAAAGGGGGACAAAUCCUCGGCCAUUGAAGGAGUAUGUAGGCAGAUUCUGGCAUGAAUCCAAGAGCUUCCGCAUAGACGUUACCGUCGAGAGUGACGAAACGUUGAGUAUGUGUUUUCAAGGCAUGCCUAGCGAGACUUAUUGUCUUCGACAUCUUCACCACGAUGUUUUUGUGUGGAAUGAACCUCAUGACGUGCCUGCGAGGCGUGGGAGAUUUCAGACGCGUCCUGUGGAAUCUUACAGGAUUAGAUUUGGAUCGACGAGUCAGGACGGCGCUAUUGACCGGCUGUAUUGGUUAUAUGAUGAGACUCAUGCCGAGCCCGGCAUGUUUAGAACAGAAGGGGGCCUGCUAGCAGCUGAUGUCGACAUGCCAAACUAG